UAAAUAACCGAUGACAAGUCGGCUCUCCGGAAAGGAAUGCAUAUUUAUUUCUGAGUAGAAUCGAUACUUUGACGUAUGUGCCUGAAAAUUGUCAAAAAUGGCAUUCAGAAGUUUUAGGCAAAACUGUUCAUCUUCAGUAUGUGACCCGGUUGGCUUCAUUGGAAGAAGAGAAAUUGGUAACACUCAACCAAAUACAUCAUCAGACAAAUUUAUGAGGCACAGAACCAGCUUAGCAAAAAACUUGUUCAAGAGAGAACUUAAAGCACAUUAUGGAUGUGUUAAUGCAAUAGAGUUCUCACACAAAGGAGGACAAUUUAUGUCUUCAGGUGGUGAUGACAGAAGAGUGUUAUUGUGGAACAUAGAGAAAGCCCUGUCAGAUAUAGGUUCUCCUAAGAUAAUGAAAGGAGAACAUAACAGUAACAUCUUCUGUAUUGCUUUUGAUCAUGACAACAAGAAGAUAUUUUCUGGUGGUAAUGAUGAACAAGUCCUUGUACAUGACAUUGAAAGUGGUGCCACAUUAGAUGUGUUCAUGCAUGAUGAUGCAGUGUAUGGACUGACAUCUGACCCUAACAAUGGCAAUGUGUUUGCCAGUGCCUGUGAUGAUGGAAGAAUUUUAGUAUUUGACAUAAGAGAACCAGCUACUACAGAACCAUUCUGUUUGGCAAAUUACACUUCAUCGAUGCAUGCAGUGGCAUAUAACCCAGUAGAACCACGUCUGCUUGCUACAGCUAAUGCUAAAGAGGGCAUUGGAUUAUGGGAUAUCAGGAAACCUGGAAGUUGUUUAUUGAGAUAUGGUAGUGGUUUAGUACAGCAGAGUUGUAUGAGUGUCUGCAUUAGUAAGAUGGGAGACCGACUGCUAGCAUUACGAAGACGUCUACCUCCAGUUUUAUAUGAUAUAAAAAGUCCCUUUCCUUUAUGUGAAUUUGACCAUGCUGGAUAUUACAACUCUUGUACAAUGAAAAGCUGCUCAUUUGCUGGAGAUAGAGAUCAGUAUGUUUUGUCUGGAUCUGAUGACUGUAAUCUAUACAUGUGGAAGAUACCUGAUGAUUUAUCAAAAAGACAGUUUGUAAAUGAUGCACACAUGGUAUUACAAGGACAUAGAUCUAUUGUAAAUCAAGUGAGGUUUAAUGCAGCCAAUCAUCUUAUCUUAUCAUCUGGUGUUGAAAAAUCAAUCAAGGUAUGGAGUCCAUUUCCAGUGCCGACAUCAGAAGGUGGAAUAGAUUCCCUUUCUGUCAAGAAGAAUUCAGCUAGACCUGCCUACUCACAUGAGGAAUAUAUCAACCUUGUGCUACAAACUGGUCAUGUGAUGACACAUGAUUAUUCCAGCCAAUCAGUGGAGGAAGAUCCUCGAAUGCUUGCUUUCUUUGAUUCAUUAGUACAAAGAGAACUUGAGGGGUUCAGUUCUAGUGAAGACUUUGCUAGUAGUGAUGGAGAAUUAUUGGAUAGAAUUGAAAAUAUACACGAUUCUGAUUUCUCAGAUUCCGAAAGUAAUGAUUCAGGGCAUGUUACACAAAACCAAACUUCAAGUACUCUUAACCAAGAAAAUGGUCAGGAGGAUUCAUCAGUUAAUUCUUUCUCUGUGACCUUUGCUAGUGCUGCUGACCAAUACAGUGAGAUUUCCAAUAGUUCGGACAAUGAUACAGACCCUGAAAAUAAUUCUCUACAAGGUGGAAAGACUAUAGAAAAGCUGAUAAAAGAAAGAUGCAAGCAACGAAAACUUAAUGGAAAGACUAAAAGAAAGAGACCUUUGGUCACAUACAGUUCAGAUUCUAGUGACAGUGAAAAAGACAAAAACACAGCAAGUGAGAGUUCUACUAAUAGGGAACAAGUUCAAGGUCACUCACUAAAUAUGCUGUCUGCUCAUAGACAGAGAAAUCGCUUACAGUUAAAAAGAUUAAAACUGUUGAGAGAUAGUGCUUUAAAUAGUGAUUCAGAUAUAAAUGAUACUGAAAGUUUAGAAGAGAGCGAGAAAAACAAUAUUCAUAAAAAUGCAGCAUGUGAAAAUUUAACUGAAAAUUCAAAAUGUGAAGAAAAUAAUAAACGUAAAAACAGUGAAGAGGAUAUGGGACCAUACUUGCAUGAAGCAGAAAAUCAGCCAUCUUGUUCAAAAUCCUUGGCUAGCGCUUCUUCAGACUGUUUUGAAAAUGUAGAAACUGGUGAAGGUCCCAAAAAUAAUGAACCUGAAGUUAAUGGCCAGCAAAAUGGAUUCAAAAGAUUAAAAAAUAAAACUGCUUCAAGAAAGUAUAGAAGUCACAGUAAAACUGAAGAUAAUUAAAAUGAAAUCAUUAUUUUAUGCCAUUUGUCUUUCAUUAUCAUAUGUACGUUGUAUUAUUAUUAGGAGAAUAUAAAGUUAGUAGAUUUUCUACUUAUAAUCUCAGCUGUCAUUCAUAUUCUAUCAGCAUGAUCAAUUUGUACUAAUACAUUAUAAAAAAUAGUAAUGAAAUAAGUGUUCAGUAUUCUUUAAUCUAAAGGAAAAGGUGAGGCCUCAUUUUUUGUCCAAAAUUUGAAUUACACUUUUAGUAAUAUAAAUGAUAUAUUUCAUUUCGAAAUAAGAAUAGAGUAGGAAUGGAUCUGAGAAAUAAGACACUAUGAUUUGUAAUGAGUGCAGAUUGAAAUCGUUAAUGAAAUAAUUGUUUAAAUUCAGACUGGUCUGCAAGACUUGAAAUUGGAAUGUACAUAUUAUUAUAUUUCCCCCCUCCAAUAGCUGAUAGUUCUUUAAUCGAUAAAAUUAUCACCAGUUGAAAGAAAAUUCUUCUGUCUGUACUUUGUGAUGUGGCUUUAAUGAUCUUUUAUAAAUCCAAACUUAUGUUAUUGUUUUAUUUUUCAUCAGAAUUAUAAACCUGUUUGUUAAGUUAUAUUUUUUGUUUUUGUUUUGUUUAAUGAAAUCUAUAUGUAAGCAAUUGUCAACCAUUUAAGUUAAUAUGUUCAGGCAUAAUUAUUGAAUUCAAUAUGUAGUUUUUUCAUUAAAAAUACACUAACUUAUAUAAGUGUUAUAUAUAUUUGUCUGUUAUAGAAAUGCUAACAGAUAAAUAGUUCAAAUUUAGUUUUUUAAGUCAUAAAAUGCAGAUUUUAAUGAUUUUAUCAACACUUGUUUUAGGAAACUUACAGUUAAACUGAUCAAAUUUUUAAAAUAAAAUUUGGUAUGCAUUUGCAUUGGCAUUUAUAGAUGUUCUUUUGUGUCUUGUGAAAUUAAGAUGUGCAUGUUGAAUAAAUGUUAUCAGAAAUACUGUAAGGCAUUAUUGGGAUCCAUUUAAGGUGGUACCCAACACUUUCACUAAAAUAAAUUUGGCUUGUUUAAUUUUCAUAAAAUUUUGACAAAGAAUUUACUUUGACCCUUUGACUAAAAUAUAAAAAAUUCAAAAUAUUUAAACCAACCAAUUGAUCAGAAAAAUUACACUGGUUAUAUAGCAGUUUGACAAACACUUAUUUUGAUCAUAAAGAAGCUUAAGAUUCCCUGAACAACACAAAACAGUCUAUUAUUUGAACUUGGAAUAAUUUUUAAUUAUGGAAUUUGCUUAAUUUCUUGUGUUUAAUUUUUUUUGAUAAAUCUAUGUUUAUUUGGUAUUAUAAUUUUUUGAGUGGUUAAUAACACUUUCCAUACAAUGUAUUUUGGUU